UCAGGCUUCAGUUUCACACAUAUAGUCAGUCUUUAGUCAGCUGUGCUCUCGAGGGUUAGUAAUGUGAGGAAAGAGGUCCCAUAGGUCCCAUUUAAUCUUGUAUGUCCAAUUAAUAGCUUAGUGUCAGAAUCAUGGUUGAUUAAAAAGAAAAAAAUUAGCUCUGGUUUUCAUUGAAAGGAAUCAUGUUGAGUGUUGAGGGUGUGUCACUUGCUUUGUUAACACUAGGUGAUAUAAGAAAUGCAGGCAGUUUUUUUUUUUGGUCUCCACAAGAAAGUGAGAGACCCUAGUGUGGUGGCCACCAUUGUGACUUCAAUGCUUCUGACAUUUCCCACUCUAGACCUUCCCCAACAGAGAGGAGAGGAGUGAGAGGAGAGGAGCAUGAGGAGGGAGAAUCAGAGCAGCGUGUCCAAGUUCCUCCUUCUGGGACUCCCCAUUCAGCCAGAACAUCAGGGCAUGUUCUUUGCCCUCUUCCUGUGUAUGUACCUGACCACGGUGCUGGGGAACCUGCUUAUCAUCAUACUCAUCAGGCUGGACCCUCGCCUCCACACCCCCAUGUACUUCUUCCUCAGCCACUUGGCCCUCACCGACAUCUCCUUUUCCUCUGUCACUGUCCCUAAGAUGCUGAUGAACAUGCAGACACAGGAUAAAUCCAUUCCCUAUGCAGGGUGUGUGACACAGACAUAUUUUUUCUUACAUUUUGCUUGCAUUGAUAAUCUUCUUCUUGCAGUGAUGGCCUAUGACAGGUAUGUGGCUGUUUGUCACCCUCUACACUAUGCAAUUUUCAUGAGGGAAAGGCUGUGUAUUUUUCUGUUGGCUGGAUCCUGGCUCCUCUCCGGUGCCAGUGCCCUGACCCACACCCUCCUCCUGGUUCAACUGUCCUUCUGUGCUGACAACAUCAUCCUCCACUUCUUCUGUGACCUUGUCCCCCUGCUUAAGUUGUCCUGCUCAGACACAUCUCUCAAUGAGCUGGUCAUAUUUACUGUAGGGUCUGUGGGCCUUGUUUUUCCAUUGAGUGGCAUCCUGGUCUCUUAUGGCCGCAUUGGGCUUUCUAUCCUGAGGGUCCCCUCUACUAAAGGGGUCUGCAAAGCCUUAUCCACCUGUGGCUCCCACCUCUCUGUGGUGUCUCUAUUCUAUGGAACAAUAAUGGCAGUGUACUUUUCCUCCUCAUCAGGCCAGUCCCAUGAAAAAGACAUCAUUGCUUCCAUGAUGUACACAGUGGUAACCCCCAUGCUGAACCCUUUCAUCUACAGCCUGAGAAACAGAGACAUGAAACAGGCCCUGGGGAUUCUUUUCAGAAACCGUAUUUUUUUUCCAAGUGAGAAUCACCUAACCAUGUUCUUAUUUAACUCAAUACCCUUGUUAAAAAAGCCUUAAAAAUUGUGUGUUGAGCAACCAUGUUUCUAGUGCUUUUCUGACUGUCCUUUAAACAGUCAUUGUUAUUGGAUCAACAUCUUUCAAUUUAUUCAUAUCUCUUGUCCAUUUACUCCUCCAUAACCCUAAAUGAGACAUUACCCACCACACAUGUUCAACUCAUAUUCUUCA